UGCGUGGAGGACCGCCGUGCGAUGUUCAUGAGGCUGGUUUUCCUCAAGCCGUCCCAAGGCCUCACUUUAUCCGGCAAUCAGCCGCUCCAAGUGCGGCGCCGUGGUGGGCCACUCGAUUACUCAACGCAGAUUAGUGUGCAGAUUGGCGAAGAUGCGCCGAUAGCUUAUCAGACCGUAGCGUGGCUGAUGGUGUGGUGGUGGUGACGGUGUACUGAGGUAUCGGAUCGCUCAGGAGAAGGCAUGAGGAAUGAAUGCAUGUGUGUCAGCCCUAGGGCCGCUCUCAGGCAUGUCUACCACAUGAGCACGAGCAUUCCUCAUCAUUCAUCAUUCAUCACUCAAUCCUUUCACUCUGCUUGUGCUACUGUUUCCACCGCCGAUAUCGUCAUUGCACGACGCGGAACGCUAGUCGAGCUACUCGCACCUUAUUGCGUGCCUUGAACUCCGUCUAUACACCAACUCGGCUUCCCCUCCCCACCUACUGACUGACUGUUCAACACUCCCUCGGCUUGCGCUUAGGACGCGACAGUGAGCUGGUCUCGCUCUGUGUGGUAACUACUUACGAUACGUCAACUCCGUGACCGACAACGAGUUGCCUGAUCUAGCGACUUGCGA